GGGAUGUGAUGUAAAUACACAGCAACUUUUUUUUUUGUUUGUUCCUCUCUCUGGAGUUUGCAGAUCUUCAUCUUCCAACACAUUGUUGAAGGAAAACUAGAAUAGAAGGUAUAAAAUAAGAGAAACAAGGCAGACAGUGAACCAUCAAGGAGAGCAAGUCACCGUUAGUUUUCUCCACCAUGAUCCUGUGAGCUCCUCCGUCUGUCUCCGACAACAAACUCACGACCUGCCGGACUGGACUCCGAGAAAAAAACGGAUCAAACCGGAGAGAAGCUCACUGCUGUUGUGGAUCCGGAGGGAAACCACGGACAGAGAUGUAGCGUGUGUGUUGGUGUGAUCGGCGGACCAUCAUGCACCUCUUCCUGCUGCUGAUCCUUCAAGCCACAGCAGCCUUCGGACAGAUCGACCCUGCACACUGUCGCUAUGCCUUGGGCAUGGAGGAUGGAAGGAUUAAAGAUGAAGACAUCACAGCAUCUAGCCAAUGGUACGAGACGACGGGGCCACAAUACGCCAGGUUGAAUCGUGAGGAAGGAGACGGCGCCUGGUGCCCUGCGGGACAGCUGGAGCCUUCAGACAGUCAGUACCUGCAGGUGGAUCUGGGCAGGCUGACCUUCCUGACGGUGGUUGGGACUCAGGGACGAUACGCCAGAAACUCUGGAAAUGAGUUCGCCCGAGCAUACCGCCUCAAAUAUAGCAGGGACGGCCAGCAGUGGAAGUCCUGGAAGAACCGUGUGGGAAACACGGUGAUGGAGGCCAACAAAAACGCCUACGCCUCAGUCAUCAACGACCUUCACCCACCGAUCAUCACUCGCUAUGUCCAGCUGAUUCCGGUCACAACACUGUCGACCACUGUCUGCAUGAGAGUGGAGCUGUACGGCUGUCCAUGGGAAGAUGGUCUGAUCUCUUACAGCACUCCAGAAGGUCAGCUCAUGAUGCCACCUGGUUAUCCCAUUGCCAGCCUCAACGACUCCACGUACGACGGACAACACGAGAAAAGGAAGUUGUUCGGGGGGAUGGGUCAGCUGACGGAUGGUGUGGUCGGCCUGGACGACUUCCUGCUGACACGUCAGUACCACGUGUGGCCGGGCUACGACUACCUGGGCUGGAGAAACGACUCGUUGGUAACUCAGGGAUACGUGGAGAUGGAGUUUGUCUUUGACCGGCAGAGGAACUUCACCUCCAUGAAGGUUCACAGUAACAACAUGUUCUCCCGCAGUGUGAAGAUCUUCUCUUCCGUCUCCUGUUCGUUCAAGGCCCGUCUUAUCACUGGCUGGGAGGCAGAGACUGUGGAGUUCAAUACAGUGCUGGACGACAGGAACCCGAGUGCCCGCUACGUCACCGUGCCUCUGAAUCGCCGCACUGCCAAAUCCAUUCGCUGCCGCUUUUACUUCGCUGACGUCUGGAUGAUGUUCAGCGAGAUCUCCUUUCAGUCAGAAGACACCGUAAUCCCUAGCCAGAUGACCCUGGUGGUGACCUCCCCUUCAGUCAAUGAGGAAAACACCAUAUCAACCACACCAAAGACAGCCAAUCCAUCAGCCAGUGACCCACCAGAUGAUGGGAACACGCCCAUUCUGAUUGGCUGCCUGGUGACCAUUAUCCUGCUAUUGGUCAUCAUCAUCUUCCUCAUCCUCUGGUGCCAGUAUGUCUGCAAGGUGCUGGAGAAGGCUCCACGUAGGAUCCUUGAUGAGGAGGUGACGGUUCGGCUGUCAUCCUGCAGUGACACCAUCAUCCUCCAGACACCUCCUGUGCCCCCUCGCUCCAGCCAUGCAACAGGCCCGACCAACACUGACCCUCACUAUGAGAGAGUUUUCCUGCUGGAUCCACAGUACCAGAACCCGGCGGUGCUGAGAAACAAGCUGCCAGAACUGUCACAGAGUGCAGAGGCCUCAGCGUGUGGAGGAGGCUAUGCUGAGCCCGAUGUCACCCAGUGCACACCGCACCAGUGUUUCCAUAGCAACGCACCACACUACGCCGAGACUGAUAUCGUGCGACUGCAGGGCGUCACCGGAAGCAACAUGUACGCCGUCCCCGCCCUCACCGUGGACUCUCUGACCAGGAAGGACAUCUCUGCCGCCGAGUUCCCGCGGCAACAGCUGAUCUUCAGGGAGAAGCUCGGGGAGGGACAGUUUGGAGAGGUCCACCUUUGUGAGGCAGAGGGACUCCCAGAAUUCCUUGGUGAGGGCUCACCUCUCCCUGACAGAGAUGGUCGUUCGGUGCUGGUGGCUGUUAAACAGCUGAGGGCCGACGCUACCAGCCAAGCCAGGAACGACUUCCUAAAGGAAAUAAAGAUAAUGUCUCGGCUGAACGACCCCAACAUCAUCCGGCUGCUGUGUGUGUGUGUGUCGUCCGACCCGCUGUGCAUGGUGACCGAAUACAUGGAGAACGGAGACCUCAACAUGUUCCUGUCACAGCGGGAGAUAGAGAGCACCCUGACACAUGCCAACAACAUCCCUUCAGUCAGUCUGUCGGACCUCCUCCACAUGUCGGUGCAGAUCUCAUCAGGGAUGAAGUAUCUGGCAUCUCUGAACUUUGUGCAUCGUGACCUGGCCACCAGGAACUGUCUGCUGGACCGGCGCCUCACCAUCAAGAUCGCCGACUUUGGGAUGAGCCGAAACCUGUACAGCAGUGACUACUACCGCAUACAGGGCCGGGCGGUGCUUCCCAUACGAUGGAUGGCCUGGGAGAGCAUCCUACUGGGAAAGUUCACCACGGCCAGUGAUGUAUGGGCAUUUGGUGUUACCCUGUGGGAGAUCUUCACUCUGUGUAAGGAGCAGCCCUACAGUUUGCUGUCCGACGAACAGGUCAUAGAGAACACUGGCGAGUUCUUCAGGAACCAGGGCAGACAGAUCUUCCUUUAUGCCCCUCCACUCUGCCCACCUUCUCUUUUCGAGCUGAUGAUGCGUUGUUGGGGUCGUGAUAUACCCAACCGACCCUCCUUUGAGGGACUGUACCAAGCCCUGAGGCCCCAUGUCAACCAAUGAGUGAAGUCUGCUGGGAUGUACCACUCUGGCUUUCCUUGGCAAGGGGUUUGUUCAUCUCUGGACUCCUGUAAGAUGACAGACUGACACAAGAAGACUGGAAUUCCAUUACAAGAGUAAGUCACUGUCAGAGAGAAUGAAGAAACUGGCAGAAUUGUGGUCAGAUGGUUGGUUUGCUUUGUGGUAACAGCAGCACUCUAUUCUGAGAGACAAGAUGGAAGAUGGAGAAGACUGGUCAACUCAGAGGAGAAACUUUUUGCAGGAUCCAAACCUUGCAGUCAUUAGUGAACAAAGAUUUUUAAGCUUUUCGAAGAUUUCUAUCAUUGCUGAUUUCAGUUUCAUCAAUUUCUUCAAAUCUCAAUUGACAAAAACAUAUUUUCUGACCUUUUGACUUUUGACCCUUUUGGUUCUUUUUCUUUUCAUGUGGUUAUGGUGCCAAAGGUGCUGUAAACUUUAUCUUGCCCCACUCUUUUAAAGAUGCCAUAAACUGGACAGACUCUGCAGUCUUGGUAGUUUCUCCUGUCCCUGUGGUUUUUAUUAUUAUUGUAAAGCACUGUCUGUGUCUCUCAGUUAUUCAUGUUGAUAUAUUAACCCACACUGGAGCUAGGGCUAGGGUCAAAUUGUAGUGUAGUUUUAUUUUUAGAUUUUUUUAUUUUAUUUUAUUUUUCUUGUUUUACAUUAUUUGACUUGUGUUGGUCUUUUUUGUGGAUAUGAAUGUUGGUCAGCUGAGGUUCACAUCAUGGUGCCAAGAGGCUGCAUUGAAACCUGUGUGGUUCACAGACUGAAAAUGAGUCAUUGGAUAACUGUGGGUAAUUAAGUUAAGAAUCACGAUUGGAAGCACGUUGAAACCAAAAAAGAAAAAAUGUGUUGUGCCCUUUUUGUUGCCAAAGAAAAAUAAAAAAAAGUAUAACUGGUGAAGCAGUUACACGAUUAUAUUAACUUUAACUCACCUGCAUAAAUGGACCUGGCUGAACAUUAUACCAUUAACAUCUGCCAGUUGGUGGAUGCUACCUUAAAUUUCUAGGUGGUACCAAUGGGAAUUAAUCCAAGAUGCACAACCCAGGUACUGCUUGUGGUGAGAGCAGUAGCUAAUGCAAAGAUCUAAUCUCAAAGUAUCACUUUUACUGCAUCUGUUUUUGUGUCAGGGCCUAUAAAAUGUGUGUUAGUGUAUAUAUAUUGGAGCCCAUAGCCCUGUAGGUGUAAAUUCUCUGUCUCCACUAGCCCUGUUCUGCUUUAAUGGACCUAGUUAGGGUUUGGUUUGUGCCUCCAAAGAUUAGCCAAAUUAAUAUUAGAAAAUCUGAAGUCAGUUAAACAACUAUUAAAACAAAUAACAGAUUUAAGACAUAUUGAGAUUGAAAUAAUUGCCAAAUAGAAACAGGACUUUGCAGAUACUAUUGCCUUGUUGGAAGAGUAGCACAUGGGAAAUCGCUUGCUACUUCUCUGACUUUAUGUUAGACGAGGUGUGCUUUACCAUAUGCAAGCUAACUACAUUUUUUUUUUUUUUGCCUAGUUUGGCAGUCUUAUGAUUAGACUUGGCCAUGUGCUAGCAACCAAUCAGCGCACCACAUCAAGGGAAAGGUUUGGCAAGUGGAGACAAGACACAGCAUCUCUACAUUUUGGGCCAUACGUAUCAGAACUACUUUGUUAGAAUUUGAGCCUCUGAGCUGAAGGCCAAUGAGAUACUCGAGACCAAAGAAAAUGGGCAGAAACACCUUGAACCGAUGGAGCCAACAGACAAGUCCCGCCUCUCACAACAAAAACCAGCCAAUCAAUUUGCUGUUAGAGGAUGCAAGAAAUGAUUUGUCGAACAAUGUUUGAAAUAAUACUGAUUUUGUACCGCAUAGCAUUCAAAAGAGUUUUGUUUACAGGACUAAUGCAGUAAAGAUGCAGCACAGAGCAAAAUGAAUACAGGGCUAUCGACUUUACUGUGGCUAUUUGUAGCAAUCUUAAGUAAACUAUGGAAAGGAGGUUAUGGAGAAAGCUAGCUAGUGAUGAUCAUGUCGCCAUUGAUGACGAUGAGUUUUGUAUACAUCCACUGCAGUAUUUCUAGCUAUAAUGUCAGCAUACUUUGGGGAUUGAGCUUCAAGUAACGGUAAUUGGUCAACAUUGUAACUGGGUUGAAGCAUUUUCCUUCAGUCAGAUCUCCUACAGGGCCGGUCACAACAAUAUUUUUACCUUGUUUUGUUUCAUGAUCACUGCAAUCAGUGGAUUUAAGUGACGAAAUGUUCACAUUUUUCAUGCAGAAUUCAUCUUUGGCGAACCAUCUUGAUAGUACUUAUCAGUCACUCCUCUGUCAGAGUAUAAAGUGCUCUGCAAAAGGACAUAGUUUGCAGACUGGUAUGCGAUGUCAUGGAUGGUACAAACAAAAUUUUUAAAUGAACUGUGUAAACUUAUUAUCCUGUAGUGAUAGUUACCGUUAGUUCCCAGCUGGCUAGUGUGGUAGCAGUUAUCUCACUAACCACAGAAGUUCAUUAACUAGCCCUGCAAGUCACUUUGUCUCCAAGCUUCUAGCUCGCUCUGUUUCGCAUUGACACUUAGAACUGCACUGUAGACAAAACUUUCUGGCUCAAUGCAAAUUUUCAUUGUCAACAUGAUCAUCUAAUGUCUAAAAGUGGUAAAGCACAUUUUCAUUUUUAAAAUAUUUAUCAACUUAUGCCCUAUCCCUUUUCAUAUUGUAGUCACACAGUUAUCUAGUUAUCAAGUACAAAUCAACAACAUCGCCUUCACAGGAAAGAGGGAGGAAGACCAAUUAUGUUAAGUUUGAGUGCAUCUUUCAGUGUUUUUGUUGUCACAGUCGUGUUUUGUUAUCUGUACUGUAUCUUAACACUUCUAUGAGUCUGUGUAUGUGUGUGUUUAAGAGGAAGUGAGUUUUAAGUAUUUUUGACAUUCCUUUGAGCACUGGGAGUUAGUUGGGAUUAAAGUGGGCAAACUAUGUGAUUAAAUGAAUGAGAUUUUUUUUUUAAAGCAAGAGAAGGACCGAAAGUAAGGAAACCACUAAACUCAAACUCCCAGAGUCCUUUGCUACAGUGAGCCUGUGUAUUUUGUUCUGAUUCCAUUUGAGAGAUAGACAAGUCUUUUAGUUUGAUAGUGUACAGUAUAAGUGAUCUAUAAUAUCUCAGUGUGUGAAUGCAGAUUAGGUGUGAUAAUUAUUAUUGAUUAUUGAUUAUCUAUCAGAAUUUAUAGCUAUUUCUCUGAUUAUUUCUAUUUGGGCAGGUGUUGGGUCUUUUCUUUUUCUUUUUUUUUCUUUUUCCAGCAGGAAUUCAGCAAUUUUGAACAUUUCUAACAGAGAUGUCCUGUUUCAGAAAUGUAUUGUACAUAGGCUAGUAGCUGUGUAUAUUAAUAUAUUGGGAAUUGGGAACUUUGUGUUCUUUUAUCCCAAGUCAUUUUCACUCUGUACCCUUUCAUGUCAUGGUUUGUUUUUCUUAUAAUAAAUAGUCAAACUUGUCAAAGAAAA